AUGGCAACGUGUUUCGCCUACGGGCAAACCGGCUCCGGAAAAACACACACCAUGGGAGGCGAGUUCCAGGGUCGCGGUUUACAGGACUGCUCAAACGGCAUUUAUGCACUUGCGGCUCGUGACGUGUUCCACCUAAACGCCACCAAGUACUCCCACGAAGAUCUUUGUGUGGAGGCGGCCUUCUUUGAGAUUUAUAGUGGCAAGGUGUUUGAUUUGCUCAACAAGAAGGCAAAGCUCCGGGUCCUCGAAGAUGGCAAAAAUCAGGUUCAAGUUGUUGGCCUUCGAAUGGAACCGGUGCACUCUGUGGAGGAUCUCAUCUUGAAGAAACGCACGUCCAACAAACUUUUCGGAAAGUUCUCGCUCAUUGAUCUCGCUGGCAAUGAACGCGGCGCUGACACCAGCAGUUCUGAUAGGAUCACUCGAAUGGAGGGUGCCGAGAUCAACAAGAGUUUGCUCGCACUCAAGGAAUGUAUCCGAGCGCUGGGCAGAAAGGGUACUCACUUGCCUUUCCGAGCCAGCAAGCUGACGCAGGUCUUGCGUGACUCCUUCAUUGGAGACCGGUCGCGUACUUGCAUGAUCGCCAUGGUUUCGCCCGGUAUAUCUUGUUGCGAACACACCCUUAACACCCUCCGCUACGCAGACAGGGUGAAAGAACUGGGUCCUGCCGCUCAGACCUGCACCACAGGCGGAUCCGCCUCUGGGGACAUUAACUACUCCUCAGCGGUCCCCUCUAGUCGUGCUCCUGCUCAGAGUGGACGUCAGUUUACCCGCGGUCCUCUGGGAGAUUCGGUUUCCGGUUACCCCUCCGGCGCUCCGCACAAUGGUCGUACAAGCUCCGGCUACUACGAUGUCGCCAAUGAACUGUCCGUGCCUCAUGCCGUUGUUGAGGAACGAGACAUUAGCGAUGACAAUGGCAACGACGAAGAUGACCUUGCCAUGCUUCGUUCUGCCAAUGACGGUGAAGUGACGGAAGACCUUCUAAACUUCCACGAGGUGGUCAGUCAUAUCGAGCGUCUCGAAGAGGAGGUCUGCGAUCAUCAUAACACCGUUUGCGAUCUCAUGACAAAGUGGACAAGUGAACAUUUCCGGCUGAAGAAGGUGGCGGGGAAUGUUCUAUAUGAUGUCGAAUGUGAGUCGCUUCACCUCUUCUUUUUUUCAUGGAAGUAG